UGAAAUCAUUGAAUACUCCCUACCAAAGCUGUUGGAGGCUCUCGGGAUCAGUCAUGAGGAGCUUGUGGAUCUGUGUAUUUUGCUGGGCUGUGACUACUGUGACAAGAUCCCUGGUUUGGGUCCAAAGAAAGCUCUGACUCUGAUCCAGAAGCACCGCACCAUUGAAAACGUGCUUCUGCACAUCAACAGAGAGACUCAUCGUGUGCCGCACUUCUGGAAAUACAAGGAGGCGAGGCAGAUUUUCCUGAAUCCACCACACACUCCGACCCCUGAGCUCAUCUGGGCCGAGCCUGAUGAAGAAGCCCUGGUGAAGUUUCUCUUUUCCGGUCACCACAUUAGGAGGGAGAAGGUCCGUCAUCGAAUGGAGAAGUUUCGGGAAAAGAGAAAAAGCCUUCGAGAGGAAAGGGAGAAGGAGAAGGCAGCGGGAGACUGCAGGCAGACUCGCAUGGAAGACUUCUUCAGAGUAACCAGGAAGAGAAACCGGCCCAUGGAGGCCUCGUCCUCAGGAAGCAAAAAAACAAAGUAAAGUUUCCUCUGCUGUGGAGCAUGAAGCGUGUUUCACAGCAGUGCAACCAGCAGUGCCUCAGCUCUCUGGCUGUUAGGAUUUUAGUCCCUGGCUGAAUUUUGUUAACAGCAUUUUUUCAUAUGAAUCAUGGUUUUCACAAUAUGAGUGGCACAAACCUCAUCAAGACUCUUCAGCAUCUUUGAAUCAGUGGCUGCAGCUCUACGUCUCCCCGUAGCUGCAUUCCAACAUACCCUGCUCUGGCAUGUGCCAAAUACGCCAUAACCAGCUAAUCAGACAUGAAUAGGACAAGAAUAUCUGGAACUAGUGCACACACACCGGCCCUCGAGGCCUGGGAUUGCCCACCCUGGAAGAAUCAGAGGACUGAAAGGGAACAGACGGAUCUUUGUCUGAAAACUGGGAGAAGACUGUGUCUCCUCUCUGGAUAUUCACAGAGCACCUGCUGGGUGGAAAGCCAAAGCGGACUCUGGAGACUUGAAUGUUAAAAUGUUUAAAAAAAUAGGGGGAGUUUUUUUUUCUCCCCAAUCCAUGGAGUUUAAGAAGAUAUUUUGAAAAAGAAAAUCUAAGUAUAAUGUUGUGAUCACACUGUAUAUAUAUAUAUCUUUACUUCUGAUUUUGUUGCUUUUGUAUAAUAAAGUCACAAUUCCAUGCUC